AUGCAUCGAGCUUACCAGCCAAUCACCCCUGCCAACAACAAAUUGUUGAAGAAAAGAUGGGAUGAAAGGAGAUUCGAUACCCAUCGACAGAAGGUUCAGAAUGCCAAGCCAGUGAUUGAUGACAAGCCACCGAAGACCUACGUCCAUCUCCAUCUUAAACUGAAGAAGAUGCAGAUGGAGGAAGAGAGAUUGACCAUUAUUGAGAGGGAUAAUCGAAUCCUCUUGGAGAAGAUGUGUCACAUCAUGCUAACAAGAGGCAACGUCGAUAAUAAGAACUUCUAUGACUGCAAGAGUUUAAAUCGCAUGGCUCGUCAACGCGAACUGCUUCGAGUGACGCAUGAGAAUCAAGCGAUUAUGAGAAGAAUCCUGUCAAAGCAAGCUACAUACAGUCACCAUCAGUGGGAAGAUGAGUGGACGCUAAACAAGAUGUAUAUGAAGAACAUUGCUAAGUACCCUCAGUGGUACGAGAGCGCCUAUGACCAGUGGAACAAGAGGAAUAGUAACAGGAGAGCACAUCACAGUGACCGAAACGACUCCCAUUACGAACCAAGGAAUAAAAGCAUGAUGUCUUCAAUGGAAAAAUUCUCCAAGAAAUGGGAAGAAAACAAAGAAACAAACAACAAGAAAAAACGGGCCUCACAUCGAUCAACUAAACAGAGCCAACAAGCAAAGAAAAAUGGCGCCAAUGGAUGUGGAGUCAGCUGAUGAUCGCAUAACAAAAAUCUUUAAAAAAAUAAUGCUUAACUCUAAAAUCGUUUGUAUCACAAUCCCAAGUUUAGGUUUUUUCUCAUGUUAUCCAAAUUACGGUGUUUACUUUUCUCUUUCCUCUUUUGGUUGUCCUGUCAUCUUUUAUCGUUUAUAUUGUUUGUGACAGUUGAAUGUGAUG